CAGUUGACACAUUAUCAUCAAUGAUGAGUUUCAGUUACGGCGCCGUUCGGACCUACACCCUCCGGCUGGAUAAGCCUCUAUUCUACCGUUCUUCUCUCUCCUUACACCGCCGUACGCGGCAGCGACUGCUGUAUGCAACCAGAAGUUGUACCUCCGUGGCUUCUUUGUCUGCCGCAGACAAGAGAGAGAAGGUCAUUGUAAUCUCCGGUCCUACCGGUGCCGGGAAAAGCAGACUCGCUUUGGAGCUUGCAAAGCGGCUCAACGGGGAGAUAGUCAGCGCUGAUUCUGUCCAGGUGUAUCAUGGUCUUGAUGUAGGAUCAGCAAAGCCUUCUUUAAGUGAAAGAAAGGAAGUGCCUCAUCAUUUGAUUGACAUAUUGCAUCCAUCUGAAGAGUACUCUGCGGGGCGAUUUUUUGAUGAUGCAAGGCAAGCUACUAAAGAUAUUCUUACAAGAGGCAAUGUUCCCAUAGUCACUGGUGGUACUGGACUAUACUUAAGAUGGUUCAUGUACGGGAAGCCUGAUGUUCCAAAAGCCUCUUCUGAGAUCACAGCUGAAGUGUAUUCAGAUCUGGCUACUUUACAAACAAAUGAAGAUUGGGAUGCAGCUGUUCAGUUAGUGGUUAAUGCAGGAAAUCCAAAAGCUCAAUCUAUAGCUAUUAAUGAUUGGUACAGGUUACGACGCAGUCUUGAAAUUAUCAAGUCUAGUGGAUUGCCUCCAUCUGCCUAUGAAGUACCAUAUGAAUCCUUCAAACAACAGGCUCAUUCAAGUCUAGAUGACUGCCCUCAAGACAUCAAUUAUUCAGGCGAUGGAGUUGAUGAUCAUAAAUCUAAACAUUUAGAGUAUGACUUUAUGUGUUUCUUCCUUUCAAGUCACCGAAUUGAUCUGUAUAGAAUGAUUGACUACAGGUGUGAGGACAUGUUGUCAGGAACUGAUGGCCUUCUAUCGGAGGCCAAAUGGCUUCUCGACACAGGUCUGUUGCCAAACUCAAAUCCUGCAACCCGAGCUAUUGGUUAUAGACAGGCUAUGGAAUACAUCCUCAGGUGUAGAGAACAAGAGGGUUACAGUUCGUCAAGAGACUUCUCUGUUUUUUUAUCUGAAUUUCAGAAAGCAUCAAGAAAUUUCGCCAAGAGGCAAUUGACGUGGUUUCGUAAUGAGCAUAUUUACAACUGGCUUGAUGCAUCCAAACCAAUGGAAGAUGUGAUAAACUUCAUAUGCAAUGCAUACCAUGAUCAAAGUGGGAACUUGAUUGUGCCUUCAUCACUUCGUAUGAAGAAAGAUAUGGACAACCAUAGAGAAAUUAGACAACUAAAGGGCUACCGUCCCAAAAACAGAUUAUUCCUUAGUCGAGAUGAUUGUUCUGGUGUCCUAGACUGGAUAAGAUUAACUCAAGGACAAACUUCUGAGUUUGUGUGUCAAUAAAGAUUAUAAAUCAUUCUCCACACUUUUUAGUUCAAUUGAGGUUUUUCUAAUCAUGAUCAACGUGAAAACAAGUAGUAGACAAGACAUGCUCGGUGAAGGCUAGGCUAUGAAGUGCUUACCGCGGAAGUCAAUAACAAAAUGAAAGUUGAUAAAUUUGUUAGGCAAUUGAGCUUCAUGAUUAUUCUUAAGUCGUGUUUCAUUUGUAAAAUUUUAUUAGGUUGAAGUUAACAUCAGAUGUUUUUGACACGAAAUUGUGAUUUAUGUCACUUAAUGACAUUAAUAGUUAAAUUUA